AAAAGUGCUGUGAUGAGCAGCACUGAGGUUUUGGGGAGAUUGUGAGCUUUUUGGCUUUUUAUUGUAGUGACUGGAGGACCAUCCUGGCAAAGCUGUGGGACAGAGAAGGACCUGGCAGGUCCCUGGUGCUGUGCUGCAGUCUUCAGGUGUUCUCGACCCUGCUCGCCUUGUUGCUGGUGGAGUUGAGGGACGUGCUUGUCCCUGGAGGGUCCUGCUGUCCGUUGGUGGCACCAGGAUGGCAGAAGCUCUUCAGGAUGCAGGUGAAGACUCGACUGCUACAAUGAUGCCAUCACAGCAGAGAGUGGAGGAAGGGACCGGUUUUAGCCUCAAGUGCAUUAAAGACAAAAAGGUCCCCAUCGGGGUCACUGUGGUCAUAGCAGCGUUGCUUCUCACCAUAAUCGCGCUGGCAGCUAAGAAAUGCCCGUCCUGUCUAUCCUGUUCCUCUCCUGUGCUUCCCAGCUGCCUGGAAAAUGGGAUCAGGUACAGGGAGAAGUGCUUUUACUUUGUGGAGGACGAAACGGACUGGAACAGGAGUCAGAUCUCUUGCCUUUCUCUCGGAGCCCAUUUGGCCACCAUCGACACCCAGGAGGAGCUGCACUUCCUCUUGCGCUAUUGGAGUUCCUUGCAUUACUGGAUUGGUCUCCACAGGGAAGGCUCUGGACCUUGGAAAUGGUCCAACGGGUCUCUCUUCAGCAACCGGUUUGAGGUCCGGGGCAAGGGCCAAUGUGCCUAUAUCGAUGCUGACGGGAUCAGCAGCGACUGGUGCUCCCAGAUGAAAUACUCUGUCUGCAGCCACCCACAAAAGCACCCUAGCAGGAUUCAGAAGGAUUCAGAAAUCCUGAAUUUCACCUGAAAUUUCCCCGUCGGCAGAGAAGAUCAACCACAAGCUGCUAUUAACCCUACACAACAUGGUAGUGAGUGUCCCAAUGGUACAGUUUUGUUUUAAUUUUAGCUUACAAAAGCAGAAACUCCUCAUGACGAUGACACAGAGCCGUGACCAAGGGAUCCUUACUUUAUUCUGACCACUAGAGUCUUUCCAGCUUUUGUGGACUUGGGAAUAUCCAAGAGGCUUGGAAAACUCUCUGCUUUGCUGGCAGGUGCCGUGCUGCAAAGCUCAGUCCUGCUGGUUUUGGUGUAUUUGUUUUUUGGUGGAUUUGGAGGAGCUGGAGGUGAGGGGCAGAAAUGGAAAGUGGAGAAAUGAAACAGAAUUGCUUCGGAGUCCACCCUGGCCAAUGCUUGGGAGAAGACCCCAGCCUCGACAAGGAGCCACCAAACCGCUGCUCUGGGAUGUGUUUUGGUGUCCUGGCGAGAUGC